UGGCACCUCCUCCCACAGCCUGCUGCCCCCUACCCGGGCUCCCCUGGUACCUCCAGUCCCCAGCUGGGCUCCCCUGGCACCUUCUAUCCCCAGCCUGCUGCCCCCUAACCGGGCUCCCCUGGCAUCUCCUGUCCCCAGCUGGGCUUCCCUGGCACCUCCUCCCCCCCAGCCUGCUGCCCCCUAACCGGGCUCCCCUGGCAUCUCCUGUCCCCAGCUGGGCUCCCCUGGCACCUUCUAUCCCCAGCCUGCUGCCCCCUAAGCGGGCUCCCCUGGCACCUCCAGUCCCCAGCUGGGCUCCCCUGGUACCUCCUCCCCCCCAGCCUGCUCCGCCCAGACCGGGCUCUCCCUGCACCCCCUCUCCCAGCCUGCUGCCCCUACUUUAGACCUUGGCGCCCCGCCUCUAGCUCCGCUGCCCCCCAGUUUGGCUCCCGCCCCCCUAGUGGCGCUGCCACCCCCCCCCAGCUUGGCUGCCCCCGCCCCCCUGCCCCGGGCGCUGCUGCAGGGGAGCGACCUGAGCGGAGCUGCCGGCGGCCGGGACUGAGCCGGGCUCCCUGCAGCGGAUCGGGACGGCCCCCAGCUCUGCCCGCCGCCCCAGCGCCCGCUGCCCGCCAUGGACGGGGCGGCUUGGAGCGGGGUCCUGGCCGCGUUGGUGGUUUGCUGGUUGGCGGUGGGCGCCGGGGGCUCCCCGACGCCGCCAUUCCCCGCGGGGGGCGCCCCCCCGGACACCUGCACGUCCUGCGGCUUCCGGCGGCCCGAGGAGCCGGGCAAGGUGGACGGGGAUUUCCUGGAGGCGGUGAAGCGGCACAUCCUGAGCCGGCUUCAGCUGCGGGACCGGCCCAACAUCACCCACGCCGUGCCCAAGGCGGCCAUGGUCACGGCGCUGCGCAAGCUGCACGCCGGCAGGGUGCGGGAGGACGGCCGGGUGGAGAUCCCCAGCCUGGACGGGCAGGCGAGCGGCGGGCCCCCGCUGCACGAGCAAGUGUCCGAGAUCAUCAGCUUCGCCGAGACAGAUGAUCUGGCCUCAUCUAGAGUCCGCCUCUAUUUCUUCAUCUCAAAUGAAGGGAACCAGAACUUGUUUGUCGUUCAAGCCAGCCUGUGGCUUUAUUUGAAGCUGCUUCCGUAUGUCUUAGAGAAAGGCAGCAGGCGAAAAGUAAGAGUCAAAGUCUAUUUCCAAGACCUGGACACUAGCAACAAGUGGAAUGUGGUUGAAAAGAAAGUUGAUCUCAAAAGAAGUGGUUGGCACACGUUUCCCAUGACAGAGGCGAUCCAGGCUCUGUUUGAGAAAGGAGAAAGGAGACUGAACCUGGAUGUUCAAUGUGAGGGCUGUGAAGAGUAUUCAGUGCUGCCAAUUUAUGUGGACCCUGGGGAGGAAUCCCACCGGCCUUUUUUAGUGGUGCAAGCCCGAUUAGCUGAUAACAAACACAGGAUCCGGAAAAGAGGCCUGGAGUGUGAUGGCAGGACCAAUCUAUGUUGCAGGCAACAGUUUUACAUUGACUUUAGACUCAUUGGGUGGAAUGACUGGAUCAUAGCGCCAUCAGGUUACUAUGGGAAUUACUGUGAAGGGAGCUGCCCAGCCUACUUGGCUGGAGUCCCAGGAUCAGCUUCCUCUUUUCACACUGCGGUAGUGAAUCAGUACCGCAUGCGAGGGCUGAACCCAGGCACCGUGAACUCCUGUUGCAUUCCAACCAAACUUAGCACAAUGUCAAUGCUGUACUUUGAUGAUGAAUACAACAUUGUGAAAAGGGAUGUUCCCAAUAUGAUUGUGGAAGAAUGUGGUUGUGCUUGAUUUAAGGUGUGUUUCCGGGGGGAGAGAGAGAACAUUCCCGUGCUAGAUGGUAUUGGAGGAAGUUUCACUGUGUAUCCAGGCAUUGGUGUUAAGUCACUGUGGAAAAGUCUGGCCAAAAAAAAGUUUCACAUCGGUGUCAGGACAGUGACUAUUUGUGGAUCUUGGACAUUUAAAUAUUCUACCACUUAUAAACUAAUGCUAUGAAAUACUUUAUACACACCCACACAUACACACCCACACACACAUACACACACACAAUACAAGUAACAGGAAGUCAGUCACCAGUGACAACAUAACUAAAAUGCCUGCCAGUACAAGUGAAUGGGUAAGCAGCUGUUUCCCCACCUGCCUGGGAAGUCAGACUGAAAUGAGCUCUUUGUGCUCAUACAAAAAAGAGAGAACAUAAUAUAUUCUUGCACGCAGGUGUCAAAAUCACCAAACUUAAAAAAAGACCAUCACCUCUUAGGUCCAAAGGGAAGCCGCAGUCCACCUGCCUAUGCAGGUGAUCACUUCCUCUUAAUUUAAAAAUCUCCUAAUAUAAACACCACACAUAUCCUUAUCUUCCAACAGCACUUCCAGUAAGGAAUAUCAUAUGAUAACAUGAGAGAGGGAGAGAGACACAUAAGCAGCUACUGUAAUUCUGAGACUGUAUUCUUCUAAAUCACGUUUGGUUGGCAUUAUUUGAUGCUUUAACUGACUGCUAGAAAUCCAUGGACGGCUAUAUCUGUUGUGCCAUUGAAAAGGGGCUUUUCUGUCAUAUCUGGAUUGUGCUGACCAUUAGCAUCUCACUGUUCUAAGAACAAAAUAUCAGAGUUGCAAUCUGUGUGUUUCAGCAGGAGACUCCGCAAGGACAUGUAAUGUGGGAGAAAAACAAACAAACAAAAACAAAUGCUACCACAACUAAACCAAUGAACCCUAAAAGGAAUUACAGUAAUGUGGUGGAGACAUUCUGAAAAAUGCUGUGCAUUUAAUAACAGGUGAAGAACAUUUUAACAAGUCUUGGAAAGGAGGAGAGUGCUUUCAAUUUCUUUACCAGGAAGUGUCAAGAAUGGCCAUAAAGAUCAGAAAAUAAAGAUACAGCAUAGCACUUGCAAACUGCUUGAAUGCACAUAUUAUAGCACUUGCAGAUUUCAAUGCCUUGAAAAGUGGUACUUGAUAGUGCACUUAUCUUUGCUCACUAUCUAGGUAAACAGGUGCCGCAUGAGCUAUGCAAUUUAAAGUGUUGACCCAUACUAGACAAAACUGGACUUAUGAUAUGACUUUUUUAUAUUUUUUAUACUUGAAAUUAAAUCUUUUGCUUCUUUUUUAAAGCGAAUGAUUGCUUUUAAUGUUUGCACUGAUUUAGUUGCAUGAUUAGUCAAAAAAACCUGCCAUUUGAAAAAGUUAUUUUUAUAGCAGCAAAAAUGAAUACAUUUAAAUGUAUUAUACAUAAAUUUUGGAACCAAAGAGGCCAACAUAUUAGUUAUAAUUUUUAUGAGAUGGCAAAGCCAUCAUAUAUCAUGUAGUUGUACUGAGCAAUCCUUCACAUGGCCUACCGAUUCUUUCAGGGUACAAAAUGGAUUCUGUUUGUUCUAGUCAAUGUCUUUUCUAUACCGUACGCACAUGGAACGUAUAGUGAAAAAACAACUGUUGUAGAAUACAUUACAAUAUGUACAUCCUUUAAAUCCAUUUUUUAUGUUUAUUUAAUAAAGUUCCUUUUAGGUUCUGUUCCAUAGUAAUUUAAAACCAAACAAGUUUCACUUAGGUUUGCUGUUGAAGUAUUUUGCAUUUGUGUACAGAUUAAGUAAAUAAAAAGAUUGAAAACUG